GUUCGGGAUCCUACGUGUUCACGCCAGACGGUGCUAUGAGGGCAUGGCCAACAUGGCCAACAUGGGUAUCUGCCACCGGCCGCCUCAUUCGCAGCGCUCGGGGCCCAGCCAACCUGCGAAUCGGCGGUCUAUGCUGGUUCAGGCAGUGUCUUGGGUUGGACUCUUUGCGUUUGAGGGGGAGGGGGAUCGGGUCCGCAAACACGUAUGUAAUGUAGCGGAACCAGUCCUGCGAGUCCAGCUGUCAAGGAGCCCAUUGGCUGCGCAGUCCUACCGUCUUUGGAUUUUUCCAAGCGUAUCGGCGGCUACGACGAUAAUAAAUGACGAGUUGAGCAUAGGCUCUUUGGUCGAAAAUUUUUCAACCCGACAUUCGAUAGCCUCGCUGGGGCUUGGUUUGGGCAUGUUCGUGGGCCAAAAGGCGGAGAUGUGCAGAUUGAUGGAGCUCGGCUCGAACGUUGGCUGCACCUUGUGACCACCAGAUACUAGUAGUAGAUGCUGAUGAUACAAAAGAAUGUCGCCACGGAU